GUAGUUGGUCCUGUAGAGACUCCAACGCUUCGAGAAGUCGCUACUCACCUGGCACACACGCGUCCACCGACCAGACCGGGCCAGCCAAGGCGCCGAGCAGCUCGCCUCCCCCGACACCGCGGCCGCCGGCGAUGAUCGGCGGUCUCCCGGGAUUCCACAACGCGCCAGCGUCGAGGGCCGUGGUCAUCGCCGCCGCGCUCUUCUCCGUCCCCUUCGGCUUUCGCGGCCGCUUCCUCGACCUCGGCCUGUCCUACCAGAGUGUUUAUGAAAAGUUGAGUAUAUGGAGGCUGAUCGCCUCGUUGUUUGCUUUCUCCUCGUCGCCUGAGCUGAUCUUCGGAGUGGCCCUGCUGUACUACUUUAGGGUGUUCGAGCGGCAAAUAGGUUCGAACAAGUAUGCAGUCUUCAUCGUGUUCUCCACCACAGUGUCUGUACUGCUCCAGAUCCUUGCUUUAGGUUACCUGAAAGAUCCUUCUCUAAAUCCAUUGACGUCAGGACCAUAUGGCCUCAUUUUUGCAUCUUAUGUGCCAUUCUUCUUUGACAUUCCGAUCUCAAUGAGGUUUCGUGUAUUCAGACUGAGCAUAAGUGACAAAUCAUUUGUAUAUUUGGCAGGACUCCAGCUUCUUUUCUCAUCUGGAAGACGUUCUGUUAUACCCGGACUUUCUGGCAUACUGGCUGGGCUUUUGUAUCGUCUGAAUACAUUUGGUAUCCGCAGGUUGAAGUUCCCAGAGUUUGCAACAUCGAUCUUCUCGCGAUUAUCAUGGCCCUUCCCUAACAAUUCUUAUCAAGGAUUACCGACUACAGAAACUGAUGGAAGAAAUCCUUCUGAGCAGGGCGUGCGCACAGCUACCCAAGACCCCCCAGAGUCUUCUAUUGCUGCGCUUGUUUCCAUGGGGUUCGAUCGUAGCUCAGCAAUGCAGGCUCUUGCAUUGACAAACUACGAUGUCAAUUUAGCCUCGAACAUUCUGCUUGAAGCACAAGCUCUGCAGUAAGGAUUCCCCGGACAAAAGAUGGGUAGAUUCUCUGUACAUCAACGGAUGUGAAUCAUUUAAUUGGUUCUUCUGUUACAGAUUUUGUUUUUUUCAGCAUUUAUCGUUGGAACUAAUAAUUGUGUAACACAGAAACUAAAAGGAGGAAAGAAACACAAUGAAUACACUUGUUUGUCGAUUUAAAAAACAGUUGCUCUCUCCACUUGCUCGCAGCAAA